AUGACCCGACCUCAGAUUGUACGAGCUGACACGCUUGAUCUACAACCUCGUGAAAAGGCCUCAGCCGCGGAUCACACCAAUGCCCCGGACGAACAAAGGGAUGCACAGGGAUUCGCACCACACCAGAGCAAUACAUUGAGAAGCGCGGAGGAGGAGGAAAAAGCUGGUACUUUACACGAGGAGGAUGAGGUGGACAGGGACCUUGCUGGAUCAGAGAGCCUCACAGGGGAUGAGGGCGGGUACGAUGACGACGAUGAUAUGGGGGAUCGAAUGAGCAGCAGUCCCAGUAUCGCCGAUGACGAUAUCGACCUUGAUAUGGUAUAUGCUUUGCAUACAUUCCAAGCGAGUGUGGAGGGGCAAGCGAAUGCUACCAAGGGAGAACAUAUGCAGCUUCUCGAUGACAGCAAUUCAUAUUGGUGGUUAGUCAAGAUUCUUCGGGAUGGUUCAAUAGGGUACCUACCAGCGGAACAUAUUGAGACACCUACGGAGCGAUUAGCAAGGCUGAACAAGCAUCGCAAUAUCGACCUGGCCUCCAACAUGCUCAGCGACAACACGAGUGAGAAAUCGAAAAAUCCGCUCAAGAAAGCUAUGCGCCGACGCAAUGCGAAAGCAGUAGCCUUUGCGCCCCCAACGUACGUCGAAGCCUCGGAGUAUGAGUAUACCACCGACGAAGAGGAGGGAGAGGGUUACGAUUCAAAUGAGGAGGAGGUAGCAGCUCAGGAGAAUGAGGUAGAGGCCACUGAAGCUGGUGCGCGCACUGUGAAACCUACUGCUUCGCUGGACGAAAAAGCAAAGGAUUCAAAGAGCACCAUUGAAGAGAGUAAACUGCGGGUCAACCAAGCAGCAUCAUCACUAAGACAUCCCGAUUCGGCUGUUUUCAGUGAUGAUAAGGUGGAGACAAAGAAGAUUACUCUCACGCCAAACUUGCUGAGGGAUGAUGGAGAUGCGACCACAACGUCAAUCAAGGGACGAGGUUCUCUGGAUAAGGACAAACCAAGGGGCGAUGGGAUUCUGUCACCAGAGCCAAGGGGCAAGGAUGGUAAAAAAGGAAAGAAGGGGGUCCUUGGUGGUUUAUUCAAGAGACGUCAUAGAAAAGGGAAGAAUGAUCAGGACGAUUUGGAAGAUUGGCUUCAGACCGGGAACGACAAACAAUCUAGUAUCAGCUCUAGAGAAUCGGAAGAUAGCCAGAUUGAUGUACGGAAGGGGAAGCAAUCAGAACAACAGGCUCAAACACAGGCACAGGCUCAAACACAAGCUCAGCAGCAGCAGCAACAGCAACAGCAGCAGCAGCAGCAGCAACAACAACAACAAAGGGAACGAGAGCGGGAGAUCCGGGAACAACGAGAACAGCAACAGCAACACCGGGAAACACAACAAAAGCCUACUGUUUCCGGUCCCACUUCAACUAUCCGCAAGGUGGAAUCAGAUACCGAAGCCAAGGAGGAAGUUGCAGUUCAUGGACCAACCGCGCAGCAGAAACAAUCGCUUGAAAUGCAACGUUCGGGUUCCGGUUCGAAACCUACAGCUGUGUACUCACCGGACAAGCGGUCACUGUCACAAUCGUCACACAGCAGCGAGACGGAAAGAGGUCCCCCACAACAGAAGAUCACAACCGCCCCGAUACAGACACAAAACCUAGAACCCCUGCUUCAAUCGCCCCAGACUCGCAGCCCUCAAGCCGAAAGUGCCACAAAACCGGCCUACCAGAGAAGCGCUUACAAACCUUUCCGCGCCGAUGGAAACCAAUCACCCGAACAAUCGUCCUCGCCUGUUGAGCGUCUUUCAGAUUCACCGGAACACAUUUCUUACCAUGACGCUUCUGACCGCCAUGAUCUCACUGAUGCCUCAAGCGGCGACGACACAUCCUCGUCACCUAUCGAAUCGCCACCAGAGAUUAUCGAGAGACUCAGCGAGGCUGACUCCCCUUCACCAGUCAUUGCACACGAAGACGGCGCGAUCACGCGGACGUGGAGCGAUUGGUCACUGCGCACAUAUUUUGAGGAUGACAAUGAUGUCCGAGACAUGUUGAUUGUUGUUCAACAAGACAAGAGCGGUGCCGGCGUAGUAAGGAAAGACCAUCCUGACAUUGGUCCCAUCUUUCAGGAGUCCAGUACCAAACUGGCCGAUAUCACCAAGCGGUUGGAUGGUAUGCUAGGUGAUUGGCUGCAGAGGAAAGGCCGCACACGAUAG